AUGCAAGCGCCCCAGCCAGACCGUCCCAGGGUUGCGCCUUCUAACUCGUCUCCCCCGCGAGCAAAGCCUGCCUUCCUUGCUGCUCUUGCCAUCCCUUCGUUCGCGUCCUUCACCCGUUCCACGUCGCAAGCCGCGCAGCCUGCACAACCUGCUCCCGUCCAAUCCCCUUUGCGACGGAAGCCCCUACCACCAGGUUCACCUGUUGUAGGACGAUACUCACCGGCUGAAUUGAACAACGCCACUGGUAGCGGCAAUAAUAUCCUUAAUCGACCGCCGUCCCAAGACCCUCGCCGCACCGGUGCAUUGCCGUCUCCCACCCCUAGCGACGGCCUCAUUGACUUGAUACCGCGCAAUCUUGACGAACAACCCCAUGGUCAGACUCCUAUAACCACCACUGCCCCGAGACAUCCCCCUAGGCAGAGCUCGCUCUCCUCGAGCAACGGCCGUGUUUCCUCGGGACCUCUACCAAGGCAUGAGAGGACGGUCAGCAGCUUUCAGGCACACCGACAGAGCAGAAUAGAAGAGCUCAAGGCUUCGGCGAAAGGACAACACGCGCGCUCUCCUACCAUGCCAAAUAUGCCAGCAUACGACACAUCAGAAGUGCGCCAACCUAACUUGCGAUUGAAGUUGGACGGAGUGACGGAGGACUUCAUUGACGACUUGUACGAGACAGAGGACGAGCCUGAGGAAGCACAAGCGAGACCAGUUAAACCCAAGUCCCCGGCCGCAGGUUUCACUUCAUUCUUCGGCUGGAAUGCAGCCAAACAAAACGGCGCCGAGUCACCCACGACCCCAUUCUCGGACAAAUCUUUGUCUCCCGCUGCGUCCCCACGUUUCCCUCAGCAACAAGGCAUGUCAGCCAAGACAAAGCCUAUAGGGCUCAACAUUCCGAUGGCAAAUUCAUUGUCUCAGCCAUCUUACUUCAAUGUUCCCGGAACGCCACUUCUAUCAUCGUCGCCCCAAAUGAACGCCCAUGUCGAAGAGCUGGAGCGCGAGCUCCGUGAGGUCAGCUCGGAGUUGGCUGCUUCCAUUCGGAGGGAGUUGGAAUUAGAGGAUGAGGUGGAGCGAUGGAAGUCAGAAAACAUGACCACAAUAUCGGUCGACAACCGAAGAACGAGCGAUUACUACUCCGACUCCGGUGCGAGCUCAAUCCGAUUUCCCAUCAGUGACCCUGAGAGCAAGCUAGAGGAGGUUGAGACGCUGCGUAGGAAGGCAGAGCAAGAACGCGCUACCUUGAAGGUGCAGAUGGCAGAACGCUUGCAAGACGAGCUGAGGCGUCGUCGCGAUCUUGAGGAGCAGGUCCAGCAACUUGAAGACAAGGUCAGCGGUCCAUCUGGGACAUCUGCUACCAGUGGCUCCAAAGUCAAAGAGCUCGAGACUUCUUUACAAGAUGCUCAGAGACGUUUAGCUGAAGAAAGACAGGUCAAGGAAAACUUUGAGGAUCUAUUGACAGCCCUUCGGGAUGAGCUUGAACAACAUCGCAACGAACGAGACAACCUCCGCGACGAAGUAGUGCCGCAGCUCAGAGCUCGCCUCGACGGUUUAGAAACCGAAGCCGCUGACACACAGGGUCUAAUGUACGAGACAACGCGCAUGCAACAAGAAAUCCAGCAAUUGCGAACGGAGAAUCAGAUGCUUGCCAAUGCGCGGAGGAUGCAGCAGGAGAUGACACAGCAGGCCCCUCGCUUCCAACCGAUUGGAGCUAUUGCUGAAGAAGGAGAGUCUCCACAGAAACCUCGUGUGGGCCUGUCGAGAUCAAACUCCCUCGCCCGAAGCUCCGGCUUUGCUAGUAAGAGAGGCUCGCUUCAGCGGUCCAACUCGGUCAAGGACAAAUCAGGCGCCGCAUCACCCCUAGAGGGCGUUUCCCCUCUCGCGGGUAAUCCCACCAAGGAGCUGGAAGAGCAACGGGAUGCCCUUCACAAGGCCUUGAAGCACCUUUUGCAACGACAAGAGAUGCAGCAGAGGGACUUUGAGAGGCGCAUUAAGGAAUUGGAAAUGGAACGAGACAAUGCGCUAAAUCUUACCCCUCGUCGUACGGCAUUCCAUAAGGAGGUUGCCCACUUAAGGGACGAGGUGAACUCACUCCGACAUAGAGCUGAUGACGCUCUUGAACAGAAGUUUCUGUGCGAGAAUGGCCUUCGUGGACUGCGUAUGGACCUAGACCGUGCUCAACAAGAGACGUCGUCUCUCCGAGAUCUUUUGACUGAAAAUGACAUUACCAUUCCCGAGAUUCGCAUCGAGAACCAACCUAUCUCGCUCGACAAGUCAUACAACGAACUACGCACCACCCACGCUCUUUCUCUUGCUCGCAUCAAGCAGAUGGAGUCGGAAGAUUCGCUUGGUGCUGCCAGUGAGGAGGCCGAGCGGACCCUGGACUUGCUGAAGCAUAGUAUUUCGGAUGCGGAAGCCGAGCGGGAUUUUGCACAAAAGGAAGCCGAGCAGUAUCGUAAACAGGCCCGCGCACUGCAAAGGUCGGAGCUUGAGCAUUUGGGCAAGGAACAAAAGCUGAGCAGUGAGCUGUUUGCAGCGGCAACCCGCAUGGACGAACUCUCCAACAAGAUCCAGCAGCAGCUCGAGUCAAACAGAGCACUGCGCAAACGACUCACCGAUGCCGUGAUGCGAGGCGAGCAAGAGCAGGAGAAGUCUACGGGAAAGAUCAUCGAAUUGGAACGACGACUCAAGAAUGCGGAAGAGAAGGUCAUGACUGCUCAGCAAUCGUCCGAGGAAGCUAUCUGCAAGCAUGAGGUUGAAGUAAAGGCCCUUAAGGAAAGCAACACCAACCAAUUGCGCCGUUCGAAAUCUGGCUUGCUCAGCCCUGCUGCUCUAUCACCAAAGAUGCCGACAUCGCCAAUGUUUGCGCAAAAGUCGCCUCGCCUGAGCCAAACUACAACUGGGCCCGCGAUGUCUAUGGCAGAAGCCACUAGGACCGAGCUUCUUGAGAAGCGUGUUGAGGAGCUUGAGAAGGCUCUGAGAGAUGCCGAUCAUGAGAUGGAGGAAGUCGUUGGUCGCAUGAACAUGGCUCAGAUCGAGGUCGCCGAACUCCAAUUCCAGAGAGAUGAAGCUAUGAUGAAGACCAGGAAGCUCCAGGCCGAUAUUGUCGCCGAACGCGAAAAGGUUCAAGCCCUCAUGACCCAAGCAUAA